UUUGCGUGAAUAGUGCGUUUAAGUGCUCGUCAGCCUCCUAGUUCAUAUUCAUAAGCAUAUUUGCGUAACGUGUAGUUCAGUAGCUAAUUUCAAACAUUAACUCCAUAAUUUCUUUAACUGUCGGCUGUAUAAAUUUAACUAUGGCACCAGCAGCUAAGAAAAAACAUACGUUUUUAACGAUAGACCAGAAAAAAGAAGUUCUUAAGAAACUAAGUGAAGGACAGUCAAUUCGACAGCUAGCUGCGCAAUACAAUGUAGGUAAAUCUACAAUUUCGGACAUAAAAUCAAGUGGAUUAAAGAUUGAUAGUUACAUUGCUAGAACAUAAUGUGGCCUUGGAAAGCGUAAAACUAUGCGACCUGCGGAGUUUGAAAAGAUGGAAGACCACUUGUAUAAAUGGUUUGUAAACGCAAGACGAAACAAUGCACCGAUUUCCUCGGAAAUCAUCAAAGAAAGGCCAAACAAUUCUGUUCCCAAAUUUACGGACAAAGUGUGGAAUUUGUGGCUAGUAAUGGUUGG